AUGGCGCCAUCGUACGACAAGACCAUCGCCACGGCGGCCUCCCUCGCGGCGUUCCUCAUGCUCGUCCGCAGCCUCGCGAGCGAGCUGCUGCCGGCCGAGGUGCGCGACGCGCUGUCCUCCGCCCUCGCCAGCCUCCGCUCGCGCAUGACGUGGCAGCACACAAUCGUCAUCGAGGAGACCGAGGGCUGGUCCAGCAACCGCGUCUACAACUCCAUCAAAGCCUACCUGGCCACGCGCAUCAACGCCAACAUCAACAUGCAGCGCCUGCGCGUCAGCAGCGGCGAGGACGCUGAGAAGAUGGUCGUCAGCAUGGAGGCGGGCGAGGAGAUGACAGAUGUGUAUCAAGGAGCAGAGUUCAAGUGGUGCCUGGUCACCCGCGAGGUCAGUGGCGACCCGAACAACGGCAGCGGCGGGGGCCGGGAGAUCAGGUCCUACGAGGUGAGCUUCAACAAGAGGCACAAGGAGAAGGCCCUGAAAGAGUACCUCCCGUUCAUCGUCGCCACGGCCAAGGCCAUCAAGGACCAGGAGAGGAGCCUCAGCAUCUACAUGAACGAACGCUACGACGAGUGGUCCCCGAUUGACCUCCAACACCCCUCCACCUUCGACACGCUAACCAUGGACCAGAAGCAGAAGCAGUCAAUUAUCGAUGACCUCGACAGGUUCAUCCAGAGGAAAGAGUACUACAGGAGGAUCGGCAAGGCGUGGAAGCGCGGGUACCUGUUGUACGGCCCACCGGGCACCGGCAAGUCCAGCCUCAUCGCCGCCAUUGCCAACCACCUCAGGUUUGACAUUUACGACCUCGAGCUGACCGGGGUCAAUUCCAACUCGGAUCUCAGGAGGCUUCUUGUCGGGAUGACCAACCGGUCCAUUCUCGUGGUUGAGGACAUCGACUGCACCAUUGAACUGGAGCAGCGGGAGGAAGAUGACGAGGAGGAUUCCAAAUCCAGUUCUACAGAAAAGAAGGCACAAGACAAGGUUACAUUGUCAGGGCUGCUCAAUUUUGUAGAUGGCUUGUGGUCGACAAGUGGGGAGGAAAGGAUCCUCAUCUUCACGACCAAUUACAAGGAGCGUCUCGACCCGGCACUUCUGCGGCCUGGCAGGAUGGACAUGCACAUCCACAUGGGGUACUGCGCGACAGAGGCCUUCCAGAUCCUUGCCAAUAACUACCAUUCCAUUGACUACCAUGUCACUUAUCCUGAGAUCGAGGCGUUGAUCGAGGAGGUCUCGGUGACGCCUGCAGAGGUUGCCGAGGUUCUGAUGAGGAGCGAUGACACUGAUGUUGCCCUCCAUGAUCUUGUCGAGCUCCUGAAAUUGAAGAAGAAAGAUGCCACUGAGAUCAAGACUGGAAGUAAGCAGGCGGAGGAGAAUAAAGACGCCAAUGAGAUCAAGACUGGAAGUAAGCAGGCAGAGGAGAAGAAAGAGGCCAAUGAGAUCAAGACAGAGAGUAUGGAGGUCACGUUGUCUGGGCUGCUCAAUUUUAUUGAUGGCUUGUGGUCAACAAGUGGGGAGGAAAGGGUCAUCAUCUUCACCACCAACUACAAGGAGCGUCUCGACCCAGCACUCCUGCGGCCUGGCAGGAUGGACAUGCACAUCCACAUGGGGUACUGCACCAAGGAGGCCUUCCGGAUCCUUGCCAACAACUACCAUUCCAUCAACUACCAUGCCACCUACCCAGAGAUUGAGGCGCUGAUCCAGGAGGUGACGGUGACGCCUGCAGAGGUCGCCGAGGUUCUGAUGAGGAACGACGACACUGAUGUUGCCCUCCAUGAUCUUGUCGAGCUACUGAAGUUAAAGAAGAAAGAUGCCAUUGAGAUCGAAAGUAAGCAGGCAGAGGAGAAGAAAGACGCCAAUGAGAUCAAGACCCAGAGUAUGCAGGUGGACAAGAAGAAAAUUGUUGAUGAGAUCAAGACUGAAAGUGUGCAGGUGGAGAAGAAAGAAGACAAAAAGGUAGUGGUGAAGAAUGAUUUCACAGAAAACGGAAGCGGCUAG